AUGUUUAUGUCACACAGUUUGACCCUCUUGGCAUCCAAUCAAAUGUCACCUCAUUUUUAAGCUGUUGUCUGCUCUUUCGCUGUGCUCAGUUCUCAAAACCUCUGAGAAGAUGCACCUGUAUACGAUCCUCUUAGGAGUAUUUCAUCUGUCAGCGGUGAUUCAGUCGGCGGCACUCAUAUCUGCUCGUGUUGGGGACAAUGUGACGUUACAUUGCUUCUAUGACAGCCAAGUGGCGAUGCACUUCUCCUGGUACCGACAAACCUUAGGAAGUGGACCUGAACUUCUGUCUAGUAUUUACAAAUAUGAUAAACCAUCCACAGUCUCCCGCUGGACGAAGAAGAACCCUCGUUUCUCUGUGCAAAGGAAGGAAGGGAUGAAUCAUCUCCACAUGUCUGACGUUCACUUAUCAGAUUCAGCUACGUACUACUGUGGAAGCUCACACUCCAACAUAGUGGAGUUUGGAGAGGGAGUCUUUCUAAGUGUCAAAGGAGUCAACAUCAAGGAAAUAGUCCAGGGGCCAACAUCUGAGACAAUCCUGAAAGGAGGCUCUGUGACUUUCAACUGCACAGCACGCGUUGGGACCUGCGAUGGAGAACACCGUGUUUACUGGUUUCGACAUGGAUCUCGCCAAGCAGUCCUUCACGCGCUCGGGGAUGGGUGUAAACAAGUCUCCACAUCAGGGCCUCCUUCACUGAACUGUGUCUACCAUUUGCAGAAGAUGAACCUGAGCUCCUCUGAUGCUGGAACCUACUACUGUGCUGUGGCCUCAUGUGGGGAGAUACUGUUCGGUAAUGGAAGCAAGCUGCUCAUCAAAGAUGAUGUUGAAGACCAAGCGGCACAGAUUACAAUCUUAGUCUGGCUCUCCAUAAUCAGAACCGGGCUUCUCUUAUUCUUUUUAACUAUUUGCUUCUUAUUUCACAUCACCAAACGCGGGUGA